UUAAGACAACGCCCCCUCUCUUUCCUGUGUGUGUUGUUCGAAAUGGAUGACACUUGACCGUAUGGGACUCUUCUGGCGAGCUUGUGUAAAUAUUAUUUGAUAAUAACGUCUACUUAAAGUAGUUACCGUUCAUGCGAAAUGGAAAAUAUUAAAGCUUAAGUAUUCUUACAGUUGGACAUGGAUUUAUGCCACAGUUAAAUGGCCGACGUCAAUAUGUUUAGCUCUCUGAACGGGCUCAGAGAGGAAAGUUCGAGUAGCAGCAGCAUGAUCAACCCCUUGAUUCGCCGAAAUCUAACCACCACAACGACCAGACAUGAGCGGAGUGUGUUUAAUUUGACCACCAGUGAAGAUGAGGUUGAAUUUGACACGUCAGACUCCGAUAACAACUGUGAGGUUCUGAUGGCAGGCAAACAGUACCCGUCCAUCCAGGAGUUUCCAUCAGCCAUCCCCAACCACCUGCUGCUGGGCUCCCUGCUGGAACACCMGUGCUUUGUCUAUGAGAGUGACCCGACCCGCUCACAUAUGCUGUUCAAAGCCAUUGGUCAGCAUUUAGCAGCGAAGAACCUCCUCUCCCCAUUAGCCAUCAGUGAGGAGUUCAGCACGGUCAGACUUCAAUACAACAGAGCCUUCACUGAACUACUGCGUGCUGUCAGCACCUCCUUUUUCCCACAGGGUCAAAUGUUAUUGAAUACAGACACCCAGAGCCUUACGUUAAGACCAAAAGAGGGUCUGUUCCAGGCACAGACGUCUCGCUACCUCAGUGAGUUUGAAGAGCUCUCUAGACUUGGAAAAGGAUCCUAUGGCAAAGUCUUCAAGGUAAAAAACAAGCUGGAUGGCCAGAAGUAUGCUGUGAAGAAAGUUCUCAUCAACAAUGUUUCAAGGGAAGACUGCAUGAAGGUUCUCAGAGAGGUAAAAGUGUUAUCCAGUCUUCAGCACAUCAAUGUAGUAGGCUACCACACUGCCUGGAUGGAGCAUAUCCCACAUGCUUUUAGUAAGCCGGCAUCAAUACUCUCAGCACUGGAGAUGCAUGUGCUGCCAGAACGCAGUGAGGAGAGUACAGUUAGUAGCAGCGGCUCCUCAAUAGUCUUCGCGAGCUCAGAUCAGUCAAAGGAGCCAGUGGCCAUAGCUAAAGCACCAGUGAGCCUCCCGGUGAAACAGGAGAAGAGCACGCAGGCGGUGUGUCCUAAAACCAUGCGCCAAGCCCGUUUCCCAGAUAAUUUUGCCCCCUGUGUGUUGCUGGGACGGUGUGGCCUGACGGGGGACAGCUGCCCUAUGGUCAGCUGGGAUAGCUCGGCCCUGUCGGAGGAUGACUUAGGAACCAGAAAUGGGAUAGAUCUGAACAACAGCUCCUACAUCGACAUGGGGAGCGAGCAGUGGGACACGAAAUUCCCCGCCAAGGAGGUGCAGUUCCAUCUCAUGCUGUAUAUCCAGAUGCAGCUGUGUGAACGCUCGCUCAAAGACUGGAUUUUAGCGCGAACCACCUCACAAAAUCCUUAUGGGGCUGUGGACACGAAACAAACCCUCAGUAUUCUACAUAAAAUACUUCAAGGUGUAGAAUACAUUCACUCUAGAGGAAUCAUACAUAGAGACCUGAAGCCCAGGAAUAUUUUCCUGCAUGGACAUGACUGCCAUGUGAGGAUUGGAGACUUUGGACUGGCUUGCAGGGAUAUAAUGAUGGAUGACAAGGAAAAACCACCCUCCACCUCACAGAACACUGGUUCCUCUCACACCACUGGAGUGGGGACAUUUGUUUACGCAGCACCUGAACAACUGGAGGGUUCCCACUAUGAUUCAAGGUCAGACAUGUACAGUAUUGGAGUGGUGGCCCAGGAGCUGUUCCAGCCCUUUGGGACAGAGAUGGAGCGUGUUCAGAAGCUAGGGGACCUCCGUGAGGGGAAGGUCCCAGACUCCUUCUCCCAGCGCUGGCCUGUCCUGGCCAAGUACAUCACACUGCUGACCAGCAGAGACCCCACUCUAAGACCCAGCGCCACACAGCUGCUGCAGAGCGAGCUGUUCAGCAGCAAAGACAUGGUUAUCCAUGACUUGCAGAGAAGGGUUAAAGAGCAGGAAGAUGAGAUAGUUCAACUCAGGAGACAGAUCAGACAGCAAGCAUCCCAUUACACGGACAAGACCUGACGUCAACCAUCUCUGCCCAUCUUCAAACAUGUUAUAUUUGGCCCCUUUACCUUACCAAAUGUGAAUAAUUUAGUGCAAAUGGUUGAAUGUGUGUGGUCUCUCUGCCUGGAUGUAACAAUUUGACUAUAAGUUAAAACUGUAGAAUAAAUCAUUUAAUUUACACGUA